AAUAUACGUCGUUUUCCGGAGAAAAUCCCUGAAACACUCUCUCUCUCGGCGAGAAAGAGGAAACGAGUGCUGGACUUUCCGUCAUUUUCUCACUACCCAAACAUCUACCCCCACUGCCUUCGUCACAGCCCCUUUGCUCUCUUUUCAUACUCUUUGGACUUGGUUUCCAAGCUCUCAUGUCAGUGUCUCGCUGGAGACGAUGAAGAUCACAGCUACAACUGAGCUUCCGACGACCAUUCCAGCGAUUCUUUCAUCUAGGGCUCGAAACGCAUCGCCUGACUCAGAUCUUAUCUCGAAAAGGAGUUCCAGAAAACCUCCUCGCCGGAAAGCCAGAACCCCAGCUGGCGGGGCUCGGUUGAAGCGCGACGGAGCUGCGGGUGGGCGGCGAAGUAGGCCAGAAACGCCUCUUCUCCGGUGGAAGUUCGAUGAUAUAGAGAGGGAGAAGGAUGCGAAUGUCUUGGAUGUGGACGAGAAGAUAGCGCCGGAGCACGGUCGGAGAAGUGGCCGGAAAGUGAGGAAGGGUAGGGAGGUGACGGUUUCGUCGAGAAGGCUCGCCUCCGGGCUGUGGCGGCUUCAACUUCCGGGGGUGGACGCCGCCCAUGGCGGGAGAUGGAGCCGACAAAAAAGUGAAGAUCGGUUAGGGUUUGAGCCUGGCAUCGACCGUGUCAGAACCCCAUUUCCCUGUCAAAGCAAUACUAAAGCAUAUGAUUCUGAAGCUAAGGAUCUGUUACAGAGUCCUCACUCCAUGCACCAUCACAAGAGUGGAUUUCUGUGUAGACUUGAACCUUCAUUUCAAUUUUCCAACUCCGCAAUGGAAGGGGCAACAAAGUGGAACCCUGUCUGCUCAAAAACAUCAGAUGAGGUUCGACAGUUAUAUGGCCAAAUGAAGCAGUUUGACCAGCAAGUUAGUGCUGUAUCAGUGGUUUCUGCCCUUGAAGCAGAACUUGCGCAGGCUCGAGCCCGCAUUGAUGAACUUGAGGCAGAGCGACGGUCCUCCAAAAAGAAACUCGAGCACUUCUUGAAAAAAGUCAGUGAGGAAAGAGCCUCAUGGCGGAGAAGGGAACAUGAGAAGAUACGUGCAAUUAUUGAUGAUGUCAAAACUGACUUGAACCGAGAAAGGAAAAAUCGCCAAAGGAUAGAACUUAUUAAUUCCAAGUUGGUCAAUGAGCUGUCUGAUGUGAAGUUAUCAGCCAAGCGGUUUAUGCAGGACUAUGAAAAAGAGAGGAAAGACAGGGAAGUACUAGAGGAGGUAUGCGAUGAGCUUGCUAAGGAAAUCGGAGACGACAAGGCUGAAGCUGAAUCAUUAAAGAGGGAAUCAAUGAAACUCAGGGAUGAAAUGGAAGAGGAGAGGAAGAUGUUGCAGAUGGCUGAGGUCUGGCGUGAAGAGCGUGUGCAGAUGAAGUUGGUGGCUGCUAAGGUGGCACUUGAAGAGAAGUAUGCUCAGAUGAACAAGGUCAUGGCAGAUAUAGCAGCUUUUCUAAGGUCAAAAGGUGCAAAUCCAGAUGUGAAGGAGAUGAAAGAAGUAGAGUCACUUUGUGAAGCUGCUGCUGCAGUGAAUAUUCAAGAUGUCAAGGAGUUUACUUAUGUGCCCCCAAAUCCAGAUGAUAUUUUCUCCAUUUUAGAAGAGGUUAACUUUGGUGAACCCAACGAGAGAGAAAUUGAAGCCUGUGCUGCUUAUAGUCCUGCCAGCCAUGCUUCCAAAAUUCAUACUGUGAGUCCUGAAAUUAAUAUGGUCAAGAAAGAUGACAUUAGGAGGCAUUCUAAUGCAUUUUCGGAAGAGAAUGGUGAUAUAGAAGAAGAUGAGAGUGGGUGGGAAACUGUGAGCCAUGCUGAGGAUCAGGGCUCAAGUUAUUCACCUGGAGGAAGUGAUCCAUCUGUCCACAAGUUUCGCCAAGACAGUAAUGCAUCAGGAAGUGGAACAGAUUGGGAAGAAAAUGCAGAUGAGGAAACGCCAAUUACCGAAAUCAGUGAAGUCCGUUCAGUGCCUAUGAAGCAAUUGAAGAAGGGCUCAUCAAUAUCCAGGCUUUGGAAAUCAUGCCCAAAUAAUGGUGAAAACUACAAGAUAAUCUCAGUAGUAGAGGGAAUGAAUGGAAGGCUUUCAAAUGGAAGGAUUUCUAGUGCAGGUAUCAUGUCUCCAGAUCGAGGGUCAGGUAAAGGUGGUCUUAGCCCUCCCGAUCUGGCAGGCCAGUGGAGCUCGCCUGAUUCAGGGAAUCCUCACGUAAACCGAGGAAUGAAAGGGUGCAUUGAAUGGCCUCGUGGCGCCCAGAAGAACAGUUUGAAGGCAAAGCUUUUGGAGGCAAGAAUGGAAAGUCAAAAGAUCCAAUUACGCCAGGUUCUUAAACAGAAGAUUUAAAUGUGGCAAGUUAUCAAUGUCCAAUCCUGCUCAUCAAAGCUACUGAUAAAACUGGAUGGAAGUAAGUAGUUUCAUUUCAAAGCUUCUGAGAUACCUCUCUUCUGCCUGUUGAAACUACAUUGAAGAUUAUUAGUGAAGAGAACAUGUGAAUAAAAAUACACAUGAUUGGCACACAUUGGACUAGCAACAUUUGCUGGUUCUCCAGAUUUAGAGUUACAUCGUAUCUCCGCUGCUGACAUCUUGGAAAUAAUAAUGUUGGAUGGAUAAGCUGGGUAUCAUCUUCUAUCGGGGUAUAGCAAUCAAUCCCCUUAGCAACUAGUAAAUCAAAAUGCAAGUUAUGCUGUUAUUACUAUAUCAUGUAGCCAAGUCUGAAGAUCCCAUGUAGAGACAAAAUUCAUGGUGGAGAUAAUGAUACCAUCCUUUCUGUGUUUAUUUAUGAGAUAUAUUUCUGUCUGAAACUUCUUGAUAAA